AAAAAAAAAAAACCAAAUAAAAAUUAAUUAGUUAAUAGUUCAACACUAGUAAUGUCAAUAAGGCCCACCCCACAAGACCAAAGGGCAAUACCGUCUUUCCAGCUUCCCCCAGAAAGUGGCCAGCCGAAAAUCCCAAUAGCAGCCAAAGAACACACAGCACAACACUACUAACUCAGACCAACCUUACCUUCCCCCCAUUCCUCCUCGUUUGCCCCACUUUUUUUUCCCUUCUCCAUUCUCACUUUCUCCCUUAAAUUUGUUUGCCCUUUUUGCUGUUUUUGGUGAAAGAUCUAUGCUUUGACUGAUUAUGGUUUUUCCUUUUGGUGGGUCAAGAACACUAAAUUGUUCUCCCUGUAUAUAUUUCAGUUGCUGAAUUUGAAUGCCACUCUGUAGAUUUCUUCCUUCCUGGAUCUCUACAAUCAUUGCAUGCAUGGGGUUAGUUUUCCUUUUUCAUUCUUUUUAAUUUUAAGUGUUUGAUCUCUCACCAGCUUAAUGUACUAGUGGAAAAGCAGAGACUACCACUGAGAUUGUUUUUAUUUUAUUUUCUGUUUCCCUAAAUUGUAUAAUUACUCCUUGUUGAUUCUCUAGAUUCUGUGAUUUUUCUUGGAAUUUUUAUUGUUUUGAGCUCAUAAAGAGACUUUAGAUGGUGAUUAUGUCAUCAUGGAUUUAUGGGAUUCUUUUCGGGUGUGAACGAAGGGAGCUAAUUUGGGGAGAAUACGUAAAAAAGAUAACAAUAUUAAUAUUCGAGUUUUCUUUAGCUUUUGUCUUUGGUAUAAUUGAUGAUAACCCGUUUUCACUGUAGGUUGAUUGGAGUAGGUUUCCCUUUACUUUGAUUGUGGGUUGUGGAAUAUAAUUUUUGUUUGCUUUUAGUCUAAGCAAGCAUUACUUCUGAGUGACUGUAUAAGUUAGAAAAAAAGGAAAAAAAAAUAGAAAGGUAAAAGAUUGAACCUUGUUGCGGUUUCCGAAGCUUUGCUUUUCUUGUUGCGAGUGGUCAAAAGUUUAUUUAUCAGUAUUUUAUUGGGUUUCCCUGUGCUUAAUGCUGUUGUUUUAGUUUGCAGUAAUUUAAGCCAACUCCUUAGAAAUUAAUGAAUAAUAAGUGUUGUCAUUUGAUUCAGUUGGAGGCUUGUCUCCAAAGGAAGCCAAUCUCUUGGUUCUUAUUGUAUUUCGGAGGAUAUUUUCGAGCUCUUGUUGGUUUCUUGAUGGAAAAGUUGAAGGGAAAAUUGGCAGCCCUCUUUAGUAGCAGAGGUUGUCUUGGAUGUUGUGCAAAACCCCCACUUAUAAUUUCCGUUGAUGAGCCUAACAAGGGACUUAAAAUUCAAGGUCAGCGAGUAAAGAAAGCCAGUGUAACGGAGGAUUUUUGGAGUAGCAGCACAUGUGAGAUGGACAACAACAGCACGUUUCCAUCUCAAAGGAGCGUUUCGUCAAUUAGUACUUCAACUCAGACGCUCGAUCCUAAUAGUUCCAGCGGCAGCAUGUGCCAAUCUUCCGAAUUCGUCAACCACGGUCUUCUUCUUUGGAACCAAACGAGACAACAGUGGAUCAAAGACAAGGAGUCCAAAACAAAACCCAAGGAAACUCAGGAUGCCAAAUUGUGCUGGAAUGCUACAUACGAGAGUCUGCUUGGCUCCAACAAACCUUUUCCACAGCCCAUCCCUCUACCUGAAAUGGUGGAUUUUCUUGUUGAUAUUUGGGAGCAGGAAGGACUCUAUGAUUGAGCUGCUGUCUUUCACCGAAGCAGAAAAAUACAUCAUAUUCAAACUGGCCAUUUCCUUUCCGGUUGUAAAAAAACCUUGAAAAGAUUUAAAUUGUUUCUUAACCAAAUAUAGAACCCAAAUGUUUAUACGAAACAAAAAGAAGGCUAGGAAUUGUAACUCUCUUUUUCCUUCUUUUUUUACCCUGAGGUUUGCUUGCACCGAGUUGAUAACAAUAAACGAAAACAAAAUUGUCAUCAAAUUAAUGAACUUGAGUAUUAAAGUAUUAUAUAGAAAGUAUACCGAGCAAACUCUGUUGGAAAUCUGCU